AAAAAAGACAAAAUCCAUAAACACCUUUUGUUUUACAGAGAGUGAAGAAGCAACCAACAAACAACUCCAACAUCAACAUUAGUUUUCUUUUGGAGAGAGAAAACUAAGAAAAGUGAACUCAUUUCAAUUUCAUAUGAUCAUAUACUACAUAUAUAGAUCAUAUAAAUCUCCUCUUUUUUCUUCACUCAUCAAAUGAUUCUUAAUUCUCAUCCCUUGAUUUCCUCUCAUUUUUCAAUCAAACGUCUCUGAUUUCACCAUGAUUCUUUCUCUCUGUACUCUCACCCGCAUACUAUAAUUACCUUCUUCGCCGUCGAUCUUUUUCACCGGUGAGAUUUUAGAUCUGUUUUUAAUUCUUUCUCAAGAAACCCAAAAAAAAAAAGAGAAUUCAAUUUAAAUUUAAAUUUAAAACCCUACUUCAACCCCCAACCGUCUGAUGUUUAGUUUACUCUUACUUUGACUAGAAAAUCAAAGAAUCAGACGGCGGAAUUUAGGAGAGAGAAAAUCUCAAAAAAAAAAAAUUCAUCAUUUUUGGUGUAAAAAUCACCAAAAAUGGGGCAGUGUUACGGAAAAUCAGUCGCCGGAGAAAACGGCGGCGUUCCGACGACAAUUGUAGCUCCGGCGGAUUCCGGUGACGUGGCGCAACCACAGUCGCCGCUUCCGUCGUCGGAAGUUGUGAAUAAUAGUAAUAAUCUUCCGUCGGUGAGGAAUACUCCGGCGAGAUCGUCGCCGUGGCCGAGUCCAUAUCCUGCCGGAGUAGCUCCGUCUCCGGCGAGGUCAACGCCGAGGAGGUUUUUCCGGCGACCGUUUCCGCCGCCGUCACCGGCGAAGCAUAUAAAGGCGUCGUUGGCGAAGCGGCUAGGGAACGGGAUUGCUAAGCAGCCGAAAGAGGGACCGAUACCGGAGGACGGCGGAAACGAAGGAGGAGGACAACACCUUGACAAGAGUUUUGGGUAUGGGAAGAAUUUAGGGGCUAAGUAUGAGUUAGGGAAGGAGAUUGGUAGAGGGCAUUUUGGUCAUACUUGUUCUGCUAAAGGAAAGAAAGGAGAGCUUAAGGAUCAAGUUGUUGCUGUUAAGAUCAUUUCUAAGGCGAAGAUGACCACAGCAAUAGCAAUCGAAGAUGUCCGCAGGGAAGUUAAAAUUCUGAAAUCCCUUUCAGGCCAUAAGCAUCUGGUUCAAUUUUAUGAUGCAUGCGAGGAUUCGAACAAUGUAUACGUUGUCAUGGAAUUAUGUGAAGGUGGGGAACUACUUGACCGGAUAUUGUCAAGAGGGGGAAGGUACUCUGAAGAAGAUGCAAAGGCCAUUAUUAAACAGAUCCUAAAUGUUGUAUCUUUUUGCCAUCUCCAGGGUGUUGUUCACCGUGACCUGAAGCCCGAGAAUUUUCUAUUCACGUCUAGAAGUGAAGAUGCUGACAUGAAACUAAUUGAUUUCGGUCUCUCAGACUUUAUUAGGCCAGAAGAAAGACUAAAUGAUAUUGUGGGAAGUGCUUACUAUGUCGCACCUGAAGUCCUCCAUAGAUCUUAUAGCCUAGAAGCAGAUAUAUGGAGCAUUGGUGUUAUCACAUAUAUAUUAUUAUGUGGAAGCAGGCCUUUCUGGGCACGCACAGAAUCAGGGAUUUUUCGUACAGUGUUGAGAGCAGAUCCCAAUUUUGAAGAUUUGCCUUGGCCCUCUGUGUCUCCAGAAGCUAAGGAUUUCGUAAAAAGAAUGCUUAACAAGGACUACAGGAAGAGGAUGACUGCUGCCCAAGCUUUGACUCAUCCCUGGAUACGGGACGAAAACCAUUCUAUUCCUUUAGAUAUAUUGAUUUACAAAUUGGUAAAGGCAUAUCUUCAUGCAACUCCUUACAAACGAGCCGCGUUGAAGGCUCUCUCAAAAGCUCUUACAGAGGAUGAGUUAUUAUACUUACGGGCACAGUUUGCACUUUUAGAGCCAAACAGAGACGGCCGUGUUUCAUUUGAGAACUUCCGCAUGGCUCUUACGAGUAAUGCUACGGAUGCAAUGAAGGAAUCUAGAGUUCCUGAUAUCCUAAAUUCAAUGACAACUCUUUCUUACAGAAAGAUGGAUUUUGAUGAGUUCUGUGCAGCUGCAAUCAGCACACACCAAAUCGAAGGUCGUGAAGGUUGGGAUCAAAUUGCAACUAUUGCCUUUGAGCAUUUUGAGCUGGAAGGCAAUCGGAUUAUCACUGUUGAGGAGCUUGCUAGGGAAUUGAAUCUUGGACCUACUGCUCACUCAAUUUUAAGGGAUUGGAUUCGGAGCUCUGAUGGAAAAUUGAGUUUCAUUGGCUAUACAAAAUUUUUGCAUGGAGUGACUAUUCGUAGCUCAAAUACAAGACAUCAUCAAUAGGUUUAAUUAUUCUACAAAGGCUCUCAUUAAAAAAAUGAUUGAAUUAGAUUCAUGCCUAAUUACAGGUUAUUCAGGACAGUUUUCUUUUCUUUUUCCCUAUUUGGGAAAGCAUAGGAGGAUGUGUAUAAAUGAAUAACAUUAGUCAAAUUUAGCUCUGAGGUUGUUGAGGCAAAUAUGUAUUGUAAAUGUGUUUCUUUAGGUCAUUCCCUGCGUUUAAUUCAAAAGAAAUGUAUGUAUGGGUUUGAUCUCUCAA